AUGUCUUCCCCCUCCCAGGUAGCCCACACGACAGACAUACUCCACAUCAUCUUCUCCCACAUCCCCGACAACAAAGACCUCACAUCUCUCCUGCGCACAUCUCCUCUCUUCUUCGGUCUCAUCGCUCAAAAACUCUAUCGCUCGCUACCAAUAUCAAACGUCUUGAAUCCCUUCUCGGGCGUGGAUGCCGGCGGACGAGGCGGGCCCUACGGAAAGACCAAGCUGUUGGAGCUCGUACUACAGACGGUGGUCGUAGAGCGCGCACCGCUGCCCAUCGAUCAUCCAGUAUGGGCAAACUGGUACAAACUCCCCCCUCUCCCUGCUGUCGAGACAGUCAUCAUCCACCCCGCCGAUAGGAACGCCCGACAAGAAGGGGAUCAAGAUACGACCUUGCCAAACAACGCCCUCAUCGAGCGACUUUGCCCCACUGCUACUCGGCUACACCUCUCGACACCUUGCUUUACAGCCGGCGCCAGGGGUGUUCAGUCUAUGCCUUCUUUGCCUUGUGUAGAGACACUUGUGGUGAAGGCGAACGCGGGGGAGAUUAUGAAGCUCAAGUAUGUUGUUGGGAAGCUCAAUCACGGGCUCUGGAAUCACGGCCAGAAGGAGCGCCCGCCUUGCCUCAAUAUCAAGGCUGUCCAUAUACUGCUUUGGGGCGAGUUGGUAUACCCGGACGCGAAACUUCAAAGCUCUGAUUGGGACAAGGAUCGCGUCGACAAGCUGGCAAUCAUGGGGCUCAGUCUCUCAACGAAGGUCAAGCUCAGAGACAAGAUCUUCCACAACCUCUGCGAGAUUGCCGAACGACUCGGCACGCGGUUCUCUAUCGACGAGCUUUGGCUGUACAAUGCCGAUACGGUGUUAGAGAGGUUGAGUAAAUGGUCGACCAGUCGGAAGGUUGAUGAUAUGAAGGCAGAGGUGGAAAGGGCAUUUGAGGGGGAGAUGAAGACGUCGGCAGAGUACUUGGGCAUGCCGGAGGAGGCGGCGGAGGCUCAAGUCUUUUGGAGGACUGGUCUUGAGUUUUACGAGGCUUUCGGCGAUGUGUCAGCACGAGAUGAGACGGAAGAGUGCCAAAAAGCAAUGGUGGAGAGAGAGAUUGGGGAGGAGAUGAAGACGUUGGCAGAGGACUUGGGCAUGCCGGACGAGGCGGCGGAGGCUCAAGUCUUUUGGAGGACCGGUCAGGAGUUCUACGAGGUUCUCGGCGAUGUGUCAACCCGAGAUGAGACCGAAGAUUGA